GUCCGUGAUGUGUACGCCUCCGGCCCUGCUUUUGCUUGGUGGUUGCGCCAGCGCGCCGCCAUGAAUUGGCCCCGGGCGGCGGACGGCCUAGCUCUGUGCGCCUGGCCGGGCCUCCGUGGGCGGGCGUGUGUGUGGUGCACGCCGGCCGCCCGCGUGAUGUGGUUUGUUGCUUAGCUUUUUGCUGCCUGCGUGCAGUGGGUGCUGGGUGGGCGCCCGCGCGCGUGGUUUUCGGGGGCGGCCGUAUUAAUUUGUUGGCGCCGCCCGGUGCGCGUUGCCUAGCUUGCUAUCGGCCCCUGGCCGAGCAGUGGCCAUGCUGCCUGUCUGACGUAAGAAACAGUCAAUGAUGACCUUGACCACCCGUGUGUUAC